AUGAGCACACUAAAAACGAUGUAUAGAAAACGAUUAGCACAGUUACUUGGCAUUCCCGAAUGUGAGCUUCCAGAAACACGAUCAACGUCGCUUGGGGAAAAGCUUCAGGAUGAGUUUCCACAGGUGACAAUACAUCGUCCUUCCAGUGAGUAUCAGUUAGUGUGCAAAUCUGCAGGCUUAUCUCUUCAUGCACAUUCUCACGAUCUUCAUCAAGACGCAAUUGGCUAUUCUAGAUUUAGCGCAGCUCUCAGGAAGGAGAUGAAAAGCUGGAAAACCUGUUUCAGAGGCACAUUCGAUAAAAACUGUCAAGAAUCUUCAGUCCCUCCUCUUCUUUUGGCCUCACUCAAUAUGAUUAUUUAUGGAACAUGGUACCCUGAAGAGUGCAGGGCUACUGAGCCAGCUCUGGCUAUAGCGCAGCUCGUAAUGUUUAAUUACAAAAGUAAAGCACCUAGUGGUAAUAUUAUGCAACAUGACAAAGAGCACGAGCCACCACUGCCACUCUAUUCAGCCCUCGAGGUUUAUGGUCGCACGCGUAGCAAGACUGUAAUUGACGAUUUGCACAAACGUGGCUUAUCGGUUUCAAAAAACCGUGUCCGUGAGGUAACAUCUGCACUGUGCCACUUAAAUAUUAAUCGAGCUGAAGAGGAAGGAUUACUAUGUUCCAGUAAUCUUUUGCAAAGUGUGUUUACUAUUGGAGCCUAUGAUAAUGUAGACCACAAUCCAUCAAGCAAUACUUCAGAAGGUUUUUUCCACGGAACAAGCAUAUCAGUGUUUCAAACACCAUAG